UACACACAGUCGACUCACUUCGGCGGCACAGUUGCUUUUGAUAAACAAUACAAAAUGCUUAAACUGACAGUCUUCCUCGCAACCAUUGCGGUCGCAUACGCAGGCGUGAUCGCGCCAAUUGUGCCGAUCGCUCAUCCGGUUGUCGCUCAUCCCGUGGCCGCGGUAUCCCACUCCGCGGUUGUGCACCAUGCGCCAAUCGUACACCACGCGCCCAUCGUACACCACGCACCAAUCGUGCACGCUGCGCCCAUCGUGCACGCCGCACCCAUUGUACCCGUCAUAAAACACGCACCAAUAGUGCCCAUCGUGAAACACGCGCCCUUGAUCGCUGUCCAUCAUCAUUAAAUUAUAUCUGAAAUGUGUGCAU